AUGCAUCCUCUUGUGCUGACGGUGGCCCUCCCCUCCUGCGCAAGUCUGAUUUCGUUGAAGUUGGGUAUCUGCGAGUUUCUUGACCUACGGCAGCUGCAAUACUUUGUGGGUGCCUUUCCCCAGUUGCAGCACCUCGACAUAGAAGAGGUGUCAGUCGCGUCGCGAAUUUCGUCCCUUGUCACCAGUGCGCUGCCCAGGCCGGAGCUCAUCUCACUACGUGUACACUGUCCGAUGAAGUACAGCGCCGACGGAUCUGAUUGCUACGGUGAUCUGCUAUCCUGGCUGGAGUAUACGCCAUCCAUUCGCUCUCUGCGGGACGUGUCUCUUGUUUUGCACAGCCCCGGAGAACUUGUAUGUUCGACAAUCCUCCUCAGAAAGCUUGGCAGGAACCUCGAAUGUCUCACUCUGCGUCUUGCACGCCAAACGCGGUUUUGCCGCUCAUCCUCAGCAUUCUUGACGCAUUAUCACACAGGGGAUGGACAGUUUAGCAUCGAGUACUGUACAGGCCUGCGUAUGCUCUGUUUCGAAGAGUACGCAGAAUCUAGCACGUCUGCGGAUGACGCUGCGGCGGACCUCGUCGUGCUGCUCACGCAGUUACCAGUCCCCGGCCGCCUACGUGAGCUACGCGUGCUCUUAAACCCCCUCAAGGUGUCGCGCUGGGAGCGUAUCUGCGCAGCACUUCCUCGCAAGAAGUUCUGCUCGCUUGAGCUUAUUUCCGUGCGGUAUUGGUGGAUCAAGAAGGCGGCCAGCAGCAUGCAAUGGGAACGUGAGGUCGCAGAGGUGUUGAGUUCAUGUUGCCCGGGCGUGCGGGUCCGGUUUCAGGGAUUGACGUGGUUUGCGUCGUGA